CAUCUCGCCCCUGCCUCUCUAGCGAACCGGUGUGGGUAACAGUAGUAAGGGUUACUAUUCACUAAACGUGGUUUUCUAGUUUACUUUCUAGUUAUUUUGCCUCGUGUUCUCUAUACGGUCGUCGCUGCUAUAAUUUGGGAGACUCUCGUGAUGGAAAUUGGACGCGCGGAAACAUGCUUGAUAACAGGAGGCUGUGGAUACUUCGGCUAUCGCCUGGCGGCUCAUCUGCAUAAGAAUGGUGCCAAAGUCAUCCUGUUUGACGUCAUCCCUCCGAAGAGUGACGUGUUGGAGGGAUUUACGUUUGUCCACGGAGAUAUCCGAAGCUAUGAGCAAGUGGUGAGUGCCGUUUCGGGCGUGGACUGCGUGUACCAUGUGGCCUCCUACGGCAUGUCCGGCCGGGAGCAGCUAAAGCGGCUUCGCAUUGAGGAGGUGAACGUGGACGGCACCCGGAACAUCCUGGACGCCUGCAUUCAGUGUGGCGUACCGCGACUUGUUUACACCAGCACUUUCAACGUGGUCUUCGGAGGUCAGGAGAUACGCAACGGAGAUGAGAACCUCCCGUAUCUGCCGCUCCAUCUCCACCCGGACCACUAUUCCCGGACUAAAUCCAUAGCGGAGAUGGCUGUCCUCAAAGCUAACGGGACAGCGCUUAAGGACGGUUCCGGGGUGCUGAGCACGUGCGCCCUGCGCCCGGCCGGAAUCUACGGGCCCGGGGAGCAGAGGCACCUGCCCAGGAUCGUGGGCUACAUCGAGAAAGGGAUCUUCAGCUUCGUGUACGGGAAAGCCAGCAGUUUGGUGGAAUUCGUCCACGUGGACAAUCUGGUGUCGGCGCACGUACUCGCCGCAGAAGCGCUGACCGCCCAGAAGCGUCACCGUGCUGCUGGACAGGCCUACUUCAUUUCUGACAGCCGCCCUGUCAAUAACUUUGAGUUCUUCAGACCCCUGGUGGAAGGUUUGGGGUACCCUUUCCCAACGCUGCGCCUCCCCGUUACCUUGGUUUACUUUGCCGCCUUCCUCAUCGAAACCAUCCACCGCCUGGUGGCACCGCUCUACGAUUUCCAGCCACUGCUGACGCGAACCGAGGUCUACAAGACGGGCGUGACGCACUACUUCAGCACGGCCAAGGCCGAGGGCCAGCUGGGUUAUCGGCCCAAGGAAUAUGACCUGGAUGAGGUGGUCCAUUGGUUCCGGAGCAGGGGACACGGGAGGAAGCGGCAAAGCUCCCGCGCCGGUCAGCUGGUAGUGAACGUUUUGGUUGUUGCUGCUUUUAUGGCGGCGUUGCUCUCUUUUCUACCAGUUGUCGGCAACUGAUGAUCUUAACGGAUGUACAGGAAACAUUGGUAAAUUCUUUUUCCACUAAAUGUGCCAAGAACCAUUUUUGAGUAACAAACAAGCUUUGUCUUUUUUUUUUUUUUUUUACACUUUCCUCCCUAUUUGCAUCAAGCUAAUCCAAUUGCACUUUUGCAAUGUUUUGGCCUUGGUAUUUUAUUGAGUGCAGAAUAUCACAGCUAUCCAACUUUAGCCAUUUGCGUGUUAUGUUACAACCCAGCUUCACCCCACACGAAGCUGGCUGGCCUACAUCCACUCGUCAAAUGUAUUCUUGCAGAAGAUAAGGAGAAUGACGACAGCAUGAGUCAAGUAAUGUGAACCGAGAAGAAGAAUUAAACUGUUCCUUCUAAAUGUGCCUAAAGGAUCUUGGCUGUAAAAAAAAAAA